ACGUGAUGACCGCUCCGGCAGCCUUCCAUCAUCAUCCGCCGCAUUUCCCAAUGGCGAUGCAGGCCAGCACCACCACCAACGAUGACACGUCGAUCGAGAGCCUCUCGGACUUUCUUGCAACCACAGUCGACUUUGGCCUCGCGACGUCGGCUACGUCCACGUCGCGGAAGCGCCGUGCGUCGCCCAAGGAGGAGCUUGCCUACUUGCGCGUCAAGCACGCGGACCUCGUCGCGCAGUACAGUGCACUCCAGAGCGCGCAGCCGUGGGAAGAGUCAUCGUGGAAGGCCAAGGCACUGGCGCAAGCCCAGAAUGCUCAAAAGGCGCGCCACGAAAACGAGUCGCUCAAGACCACGCUCCACGAGUCGCUCAAGCUCCUCCAGGCGCUCCAACACGUGCUACACAAGCGCCCCAAGCUCGCGCACUUUCCGAUCCGAGAGACUGACGAAGAGAACGAUUUGUGGCGGCGCGCGAUCUUACGCACGACGCAGCGGCACUCGGACCUUGAGCGACUCAUGGCGCUGCAGUACGACAAACUCGAGACCGAGUGGAUUCGCCACGGCCUCUUUGACGCGAUCGACACCAACACGCCCCUCAAGUCGUCGCUUGUGCAAAGCGCAGCGGACGACAACGCGAUGGAGCUGCACUUUCUACGCACGGCACUUUGCCCGCUUCCGUUUCGCGCGAUGGCGGACUUGCUCUGGGACCACAUGACAAGCAACGUGCCCGGCACCACACAAGAGCUGCUGUAUGCGUUCGAGCCCGACUUGGUCUACAUUCGGCUCACGACGGAGCUGUCGGACGCAGCCAUGCCGGCGCUCGAGUCGCGCCUCGCGGGGCGAAGGUGGACUGAGGCCGACAGAGUCGUCAUUGCGUGGCGCUCCAUUAUCGAGGACCGCCUCGUCCCCCACGACGAUAACCAUUUGAUCGAAAACCGCGUCGGCUGGGUCACAGUUCACGCACGAAGCGAGACCGAGUGUUUCUUUGCGCUCUACGCCAAGUCGACGACACCCAUGUUUCCGCAGGCACUGCGCGCCCAGCAACCGGCCGUUGGCACCCUCACAGAGAUCAUGCUUCGGUUGCACCGCGACAACUCGGUCAAAUUUGCAGCCCUUAUGAAACAAGCGAUGCUGGCCAAGAUGGCCGAGCAAGGAAUUGAAGCGCCGAUUCCGCAGCGCUAGUCUGCUCUCGCGAGUCGGGCCAAGAUGGUCCGGCGUUACAAGCUCGUGGCUCACAUGCAUGAGGGCUUCUCCUGCGUGAUCUCAAGAUGAUCAAUGUGUUGUCCUUCUCGAAACUUCAACCCUCGCUACAAGAACAUGUUUGUUGGAACACGCGUUAUAGG